AACUGAAAAACUUGUCUGUGUUCAUGACAUUACUGACUACUUGUGUCGCAACUUUGUCGUGUGUGUUCCUCCUGACUUUCGGACGACACACGCCGGCUAUUAACACGCUGAAGAUGCUCAUUUAAUCUUGGAGUCAUGUUGGAAGACUAACAGAAGCCAUGAGUUGGUGUUUGGACGACAACAAGUAGUUGGACGCAAAAACCCGGAACGAGCUAAAACAUAUAAGCUAGCGCUUUGUUGACACCGCCGACUCAACUGUCAAACUUCAAAUAACUUUUUAUUAACAACAACAGAUAAGGCGAUUUAUCUUUAUUUUAUCCGGCGUUACUGGAACUGAGAGAUGGCAACAAGAGGCUUCACCGGACCACCGAUGAACCCGAGUGUGAACCCCAUGAAUAUUGCACACGCUGCCGGCUUGAGGAUGGCCGGAAUGCCGCUAAGUCAUGGUGGGUACUCCCGUUCCAUGACCGGCGGACCCCAGUACCCCCAGCGUUCAGGGAUUCCUCUGGGAAGAAUUGGCGGCCCCAUGGCUUCAAUGGGCGGGCAGCUCCCAGGUCCUUCUUACGGUGCUGGAGGCGGCAUGUCUAUGCGUUCAAGCAUGGGGCCUCCAUCCUUGGAUGCGUCUCGGAAGAGGUUAUUUCAUCAUCAUCAACAACAGCAGCAGCAGCAAGAGGGGCUUGGCAGACGAGGGGCAAAAAGACGCAAGAUGGCCGACAAGGUUCUCCCACAGAGAAUCCGAGACCUGGUCCCAGAGUCCCAGGCCUACAUGGACCUCUUGGCUUUUGAGAGAAAACUGGACCAGACCAUCGCCCGUAAGCGCAUGGAGAUACAGGAGGCUAUCAAGAAGCCGAUUAUGCAAAAACGCAAGCUGAGGAUCUACAUUUCCAACACGUACACCCCUUGCAAGCCUGAGGGCGAGGAGACUGAAAAAGUGUCCUCCUGGGAAUUGAGAGUGGAAGGAAAACUUCUGGAGGAACCUGGCAAGCAGAAGAGGAAGUUCUCAUCUUUCUUUAAGAGCCUGGUCAUCGAGCUCGAUAAGGAGCUUUACGGACCUGACAACCACUUGGUAGAGUGGCACAGAAUGCCCACCACUCAGGAGACGGACGGUUUCCAGGUGAAACGACCCGGUGACGUGAACGUAAAAUGCACCCUGCUGCUCAUGCUCGACCACCAGCCUCCGCAGUACAAACUGGAUCUGCGGCUUGCUCGUUUGCUUGGCGUGCACACGCAGACGCGGGCCAGCAUUAUGCAGGCUCUUUGGCUCUACAUCAAGAACAACAAGCUACAAGAUAGUCACGAGAAGGAGUACAUCAACUGCAAUCACUAUUUCAGACAGAUCUUCAUCUGCUCUCGCAUGAGGUUCUCUGACAUCCCCAUGAAGCUGGCCGGGCUUCUCCAGCACCCUGACCCCAUCGUAAUUAAUCACUUGAUCAGCGUGGACCCCAAUGACCAGAAGAAGACGGCGUGCUAUGACAUUGAUGUGGAAGUGGACGACCCUCUAAAGGCCCAAAUGAGCAACUUCUUGUCCUCCACCACGAACCAGCAGGAAAUCGCCUCACUGGAGAUGAAGAUACACGAGACGAUUGAGUACAUCAACCAGCUGAAGACGGAGAGAGACUUCAUGUUGAGCUUCAGCAACAAUCCUCAGGACUUCAUCCAGGACUGGCUCAAGUCUCAGUGCAGAGAUCUGAAGUUGAUGACAGAUGUAACAGGGAAUCCAGAGGAGGAGAGGAGGACAGAGUUCUACCAGGCGCCAUGGAUGCCAGAGGCCGUGAGCAGAUACGUCUACUCCAAAGUGCAGCAAAGGAGACAUGAGUUGGAAGAGGUUCUAGGAAUCCGAAUGACCUAAAGACCACAUAUGCAGUCCGUUUACACACACAUUCCUAUUCUAGCUUCUAAACGCAAAUAUCCUGUACCAAAGUGAUCUUAAUAUUCUUUUUGUGUCCUGUAUUGAGCCUGUUAAGCAAUAUGUUGUGAAUAUGGUACGAUGUAUUUAAUGUUGGUGCUGGCUGGGUGUCUCUUACAAUUACCAGCACUCUUAGUUUGUAAGUGUCUGGUGAUAUAUGCAGUAUAAUUCUAAAACAUGUCAUUUUGCUAUGUGAAAAUACUUUCUGCACACUUUGAAGCCAUACAAUGGAACAUCUCAUUCCAAAAUAUUUAGGUUAGAGGGGCAGGGUCGCGCGGUAGGAAAUGGAUGGAUGGUAUAUCAGUUUGUACAAAACUAUACAAAAGUUUCAGGGGAAAUUGCGUAUAUCUUUUUUUGUUUUUGAUUUUUUUUACCUACGGAAUGUUUACAUGUUAUAUAAUGUUGUGUUUGACAAUCUGUUGCAAGGAGGUUAUUAUUUUAAACAUUCCAUAUUCGCCAAAUUGUUUGGUGCAGAAGGCACAUGGGAUUUGAUUGAUGCUACUUUUUGCAUGUUAUCUUUGUUAAAUUGUGUGUAUUUUAUACAAUAAACAUAUACUCACAAAUGCUA